AAGUUUACAGUCAUCAUGGCACCACAUUCUAUGCCAAAAGCACCUUCAGACCUUACAGGAAAAGAUCUUAAGAUUGGUAUCGUACACACAAGAUGGAACAAAGAGGUCGUAAAUGCGUUAGUUGAAGGUACGAACAACAGAUUGUUAGAAUUAGGUGUUAAGAAGGAGAACAUCAUUAUACAGCAAAUUGCAGGUAGCUGGGAACUUCCAAUUGCUACUAAAAAAAUGAUACACGCAGGACGCGUACAACAGGGAAACACAUCCUCUAACUUACUCAAAGGGUUAGACCCAUUGAACUCACCGGAAGCACCUUCUACCCCAGUUAGCAACAACACCGGUGAAUUUGACGCUAUAAUCUCAAUUGGUGUACUUGUUAAAGGAUCUACACAGCACUUUGAGUACAUCGCAGGUGCGGCUACUGACGGUCUCAUGAGAGUCAGCUUGGAUGAGAAUUUACCUGUUGUUUUCGGUGUACUCACCUGCAACACAGAAGAGCAAGCAAGAUCUAGAGCAGGUCUAGUUGAAGGUGGUUUAGAAAACCACGGUCCAAGUUGGGCAGAAUCAGCUGUUGAGCUUGCUAACUUAUCUACCAAAUGGUCAAAAGGCGAAUUUGCUUAAAAUGUACAAAUCAAAUGAAUGGAUAUUACAAGAGAGUGAAUGUGUCCUUAACGAAAGUGAUUGAAUGCUGAUAGUUGAAAUGUGAAUGCUUAGUUUGGCUGUAAACAAGCUCAAACUGUGAUUUUUUGUCUAUGAUCUUCUAGGUAAAUGGAACAACAAGCUUGGUGGUCUACUAAGCGUCUUUGCUGGACAUGUACGCUUUGGUAUGUUGUCGUUUAAUGGCAAACAGAAGGAUUCCUCUGAGCAGGCACUGGAGGGUGUCUCCAAGUGGUGGUCGUACUCAAACGAAUUCGUCUGAGAAAUCGAUGAAGCCGUAGACGAAGACCUUGAACGUCUAUGAAAGAUUAGAUAUGUUUGAGACUGAAUAUCCCCCACUCACCUAGUCAAGGACGCCUUAGCAAAUGGAUCAGCAUCCCCGAAGAGAUUUCCUGUCUCAGUUUUGACGCUCAUGCGUUGCUGUAACUUCAUCGAUUUAUCCGG